GAAGCAGUCUUCCCUUGUGUUCUGAAGAUUUUACCUAACUGCAUUUUCAACAAAAAGGAUCCGAUCGUCUUGGGGGUUGAUGUCCUUGAGGGCAUUGCAAGGGUUGGCACUCCUAUUUGUAUUCCUCAAAGGGAAUUCAUUGAUAUUGGCCGAAUAGCUUCAGUUGAAAAUAACCAUAAACCUGUUGAUGUUGCCAAGAAAGGCCAGAAAGUGGCCAUUAAGAUAGUUGGAUCCAAUCCUGAGGAGCAGCAGAAAAUGUAUGGGAGGCAUUUUGAGCUUGAUGAUGAGCUUGUUAGUCACAUUUCUAGGAGGUCAAUUGAUGUUCUCAAAGCUAAUUAUAGGGAUGAUCUGACCCUUGAGGAGUGGAGGCUGGUUCAGAGACUGAAGAUCCUUUUCAAAAUACCAUGAGCAUGAUUGAAUAGAUUCGAGCUGUUGCUUUUCUAAACAGUGAUUCCAAGGGGCCGUCAGUUGUAAAUAUCCAAUCCAAGGUUUGGCUUGAGAGAAAGGAUCGAUGCUGAAAAUACUAGAGUGAAACAAUUUUGAUGUCAAUUUUACGAAUGGGGGGGAAAUCCCACUUAAAGUUUUGAAUGAGGAAAGCCGAUAUAAAGCGCACUGCAGGGAAUGGUCAUUGUAAGUUUUCGAUCCCCGAUCCUUAUGUGCCUGCAGUGGUGUGGGGGGUGCUACAUCUUCCAGCACUCGUAUAGUUCAAAGCAGAUUGUAAAAAAAUCUACAAAUAUCCCAAACUUACCUGGUGCUCUUCCUUGAUAAAAAUUUUUGACUGAUAUGUAUGAGACAAGUAAUAAAGGAAACAUUCAUUUGUUUUUGUUGGUUUUUCAGUUACAACAUAUAGAAAUGAUUGCAUGAGAAAUUACCUA